AUAAAAUAUUGUAUUUUUUAAGAAACUGUAUGAACAUUGUUUGAACGAAAAUGUUUUAAAACUGUGGACAAAACGAGCUUUUAAAUUAUAGAAAUUAUGACUAAACUCUGUAUUCAACAGAAGUUCAAGCCUUUGUUUGAAGCAUUCUAUUUCGCAACCAUUUUGCACUAGUCUUGAAAUGUUCUGACCACACACAGACUCUCUUUUGUUUUCCAUGCCCAAUAAAUACGGUUUGCAUACAUAUUUACAAAUAUAUGUGUGCACAAUAUCGGUGGUCGCGUGAGCUAGGCUUGUAGCGUGCAAUCCAAAGCGUUUAGUCGAGUUUCUGCAGCGGUUCCAAUUGCAUGGAAACCGGUGAUCGAGCGCGUUCAGUAGUACCAAGCGCUACAAGAGACUUGGAAUUGUAACGUUGUAACGAUCGUGCGACUAACGGCGAACGCGACUGCCAGUCUAGUGGUCGUUUCAUUGGUUGGGCGCUCUAGGGGGUCGCAAUAUUUAGCUAAUUAACGAGCCGAAGGGUCUUUGGCAUGCAUUAUUGAAUUAGCAAUUCAAAUACAUGCAAAUAUGUAAUAUUCUGUAUAUUUACUUAAAAUAUUGUUGGCAAUACAUAAAAUUAAAUGGAGAUGUGAAGAAGUGUAAUUUUUUUUGUUCUGAUUUGUCAGUUUUUUGACAAGUGGAUCGUCCUAUAUGUUUUGAGCCUUCUCCGAACAGCUCUUAAACUAUUUUGAAAGGAAAUAUAAACGGGUGUUCGCACUGGUCCUUACACGCGUCGCAUUCUUUCGAAAAACUUUUUAUAAACCAAUAUUAUAUUAAUAAUAUUUUUUUGGAUUGCUCCACGCUCGCAAUCUCGUGGUUAAAAAUGAGCGCAACAAAUAUUUAUAAUGGACAAUUUUGCGCAUAACUAAAACUUAUUGACAACUAUGUAGUUAAUAUUACAAAUAUUACAUGUAUUAAAAAAUCUAGCAAAGCAAUCUUUACCGGUAUAAAUAAUUGAUUGGAUCAGUUCUUCGCAAGUGGAGUAAAAAGCAGUUUUAGUCAGCGAUUAAUCAAAGCGUAAUUUGCACAACUGUUUGAACCGAAGCGUAAGUCCUUCCAAUAUUUAUAAAGCCCCACCAAUUUUCGUCAGACAUAUUUUCUCUAUUAUGAACUGGAUGGCAUUAAACACUAAAAUCCAACGAACUUGAGCUGGCAUCGUAACUGCCGUAAACUGAUUGUAAAACGUGCAAAAACUGAUUCAUAUUCGUGUAUGUUUAUAUUAAGACAGUGAAAUCAUAGUUAAGAGCAGUAAAAAUAAAUGUGUGCUAAUCAAAUGUUCAAAACAAGCAUGUUUUAAAGGAUUAUAUAUAUUUAAUUAAAAUCAAUAAAAACAAGGAAACUGAGAGCACAGAAAAUUAUUAUUUCUGAAAAUAGUUUAUAAAUGAAAUAUUCAAACAACGAAUCAAAAUAUAAUUUAACUUUACAAUGGCCAUAACCAGCGAGUUCCUGCAUUUAACCAUUGUUGUAUUCCUUCUAAUAGCCACAGCCCAGACAGUCGAAGAAAGCGCCAAAUGGAUCUGCACCUCAACAGAUUUGUGUGUCAUCGAUUCGGCGGCAAAUAUUGGUGAUGCCAAGCGCUUCGAGAGCCAGAAUGAUUGUCGCCUCUCAUGCGGCAGAUAUGGUGCUAUCUGGCCCAUGCCCAAUGGCGACUGCAACUUAUCCAACGAACGCGUGCGUUUCGACCCGUGGAAGGUGAGAUUCAAUGUGGUGGCGCCCGACCCGGCUACCACGCAGUAUUUGCGAGAGUCGAAUCGCAUUUUCGUCAGUAAUAUGCUGAAGGAGUGUCUGCGGAACUGUUCGCUGCCGAAUAGCAAAGAAGUUUACGUAAAGGCUACAGUUAGUUCGAAUAGUUUGGUGUUAGACUGGGGCACGAAUGAGACUUAUCAGCUGAUUUUGCGCACAACAGAGAUGGCUACAUUUGUUGAUAUCAAAGCGCAAACAGUCUACGGGGCUAGGCAUGCGCUGGAAACCUUGAGUAAUCUCAUAACAGGCAGCAAAGAAAAUGGUCUACUGUUGGUGAAAGCUGCUCGAGUUCGCGAUGGACCCAUUUACCCGCAUCGUGGCUUGCUUUUGGACACCGCUCGCAAUUAUAUGCCUUUGCGGGUGAUCAGUCGCGUGCUUGACGGUAUGGCAGCCUCGAAGAUGAAUGUGCUGCACUGGCAUGUGGUCGAUACUCAAAGCUUUCCACUGGAAAUUACGAGAGUUCCCGAAUUACAGCAGUUUGGCGCCUACGGACCCGAUUUGGUUUACAGCCGCGUCGACACUCAAAACAUGGUGCGCUACGCACGCCUGCGCGGCAUACGCAUUAUUAUCGAAAUCGAUGGGCCCUCACAUGCUGGAAAUGGUUGGCAGUGGGGUCCCAUGUCGGGGCUUGGCAACAUGGCGGUCUGUGUCAAUCAACAGCCUUGGCGUUCAUAUUGCAUUGAGCCACCAUGUGGGCAAUUAAAUCCACUCAACGAGAAUAUGUAUAGCAUAAUGAAAGAGAUUUACGAAGAUCUUGCUGAGGUGAAUGCACCCGAGGAGACAAUUCAUAUGGGUGGCGAUGAGGUGUUUAUACCCUGCUGGAAUCGCACAGACGAGAUAACACGUCGCAUGCGCGACACCGGUUAUGAUUUGAGUUUACGCAGCUUUUACAAACUGUGGGCAGAAUUUCAUCAGAAAAACUUGGACUCAUGGGAUAAUGUAACACAGCGACAGUAUGCACGUAAUCCAAUACCCAAAUCGGUAAUACUGUGGUCGAGUCACUUGACAGAUCCCGAUAUUAUAGUCGAGCAUCUACCCAAAGAACGUUACAUCAUACAAACGUGGGUGGAAUCAGAUAAAACACUGAACAACGAUUUGCUGCUAAAGGGUUAUCGCAUUAUAGUGUCUACGAAGGAUGCCUGGUAUUUGGAUCAUGGUUUCUGGGGACGUACGGAGUAUCAUAAUUGGAAGAAGGUGUAUGAUAAUCGCAUGGAAGUGCAUCCACUUGUGUUAGGCGGUGAAGUGUGCAUGUGGAGUGAGUUUGUGGAUCAGAGUUCUGUGGAGGCACGUAUAUGGCCACGCGCUGGUGCUGCAGCAGAACGACUAUGGGCGAAUCCGAAACUAUCGAGCUUGCUGGUGCAGACACGGUUCUUACGUUAUCGCGAACGUCUUUUGUCGCGCGGCAUAAAACCCGACGCUGUCAUACCGAAGUGGUGUGUGCUAAACGAGGGGCAGUGUUUGUAGAUAUUUAUUCAAAUUUAUUCAAUACAAAUAUAAAAUAUUAAAAUAUUGCUA